AUGGAGAUAUUUUACCUGUACGCACUGCUGACUUCCCAUGGAGCGCCAUUGGUCAAUGCCAUGCACGCCAAAGAGGAUGAAGUUGCAACUACUAACCCUGCACUCUCGUGGGUUUCCCAGGUUCUCCCUGAUGAAGUUGCAUUGGUUUGUGGUCCCCGACCAGUCUGUAACCAUUUCCUCAAAGGCAUCCUCUCUGGAGAUGCACAGACCGCUUUCCAAGUGAAUGUCACUCCAGACUAUAGAUCACUGUCACCAGCUGAAAUAUGCAUAAAAUACACACUCCCCAACUUUGAUCAUGCCCUCACUGACUUCAUUGCUCAAUCAUCACCGUCUAGUGGCGAACAUACCUGCUGGGACCCCAAAUAUGGACGUUACCAGGUAUGGAAUAAGUUUUGGCUCCAACUUCAUUCAGCCUUCCAGCAACGUGUGAUCAUGCCUAGCAGGGUGGUGCAAGCAUACCCGCCCAGCAAUAAUUUUCCCCUUGGCGAUUGUGACACUGUUCUCAUAGAUGCCAUGGGCAUUAAUGGCAAAAUGAUUGUUCGACAAGGUUCCAACCUGGAACUGCCAUCAUAUCUCUCUGGCCCACUUCUCUACAUUGAACUUUUCUGCUUCAUCUCCAGUCCUGAUGAUUGCCCUGAACUCACGAUGUGGACUAUCGAGCGCACGUAUAUGCAGGAUCAAAAUGAUAUUCCAUCAGAUGGUUUCCCCAGUGCAGACAUUGCAUGCCGAUACUAUGCCAGUGGAGAUACCAUUACGACUUCCCAACAUCUCCACAAAUCCAGGGCCGCCCAAUUAAUUGCAAUUGUGUUGGUGGACGUGUAUAACAAUAGCAUCCUGGUUGAGGAUUACAUUCCCAUUGGGUAUUCCAUGGAUGGGAAUUAUUAUGCCCUUCUGAGGUCGAUUGCAAUGGGGAUUGACAGGGGGAGUUUUGACCUCGAACCCCUGAAGUGGCCCAGCAAGCCCGUGGGUGCGUUUACAGAUAGGAUGAACACCAAGCAACAUCAAGUCUUACUGCCACUGGCAGCUUACAUGAAGUUAAUGAAGGACAUGGCAUUGCUUGCAUUGAAGGAUGGUGAGAAUGCCAAUGACCUGCUGGCACAGUUGGACAAUGACCACGCAUAUUUGAUUAGCUUUUUAGGUGCCGACAACGAAGCUCAUCCAAUGUUCGCUUACUUUAACUAA